AUGUCGAGGGCGCCCAUUCUCAUUAAGGAUUUGGUCAAGGGAAACCAAGUUUGAAAAAUGCUUAUCCGGGUUGUUGAUAUGUGGGUUGUUAUUGAGAAAAAUGGACAACAACACCUUGAAAUGGUUAUUCAAGAUGGAAAGGGUGAUAAGAUUCAUGUGACCACUCGGAACCGAGACUUCCAAGAUUGGAUUGAAGUUGUCAAAGAGCAUGAGACAUUUUAUCUUUAUAAUGGAGAGCCGGUUAAGAACGAUGGGCCUUUCAAAGUUUGUUUUAAUCCACUCAAGCUCAUCUUCAAUGGAGGUACCACCAUGACAAAAGCGGAUAUACCUGAAGUACCAACUCACAAAUACAAUUUUCACCCUAUUGAGCACUUUCUCAAAGGAAACUACAAGCAUGAUAUGUUGUAUGAUGUUAUCGGGGUAUUGCAAGAUGUUUUAAAGACCCAGAUGGGAGGUGGUGGUAGGAAGUCUUGCGUCAAUAUCACAUUACGUGAUGUCGAAGGCAAUAUUAUCGAGCUGACGUUAUGGGGUGAUUACGGGAAGCAGUUAAUCAACUACACUACCCCUAACAACUUUUCUGGUCCUACUAUUAUAAUCUUGACACAUGCUUGGUGCAAACAAAAUACAGUCUCUGGUUUACCAUCGAUGUCCAACGCAUGGAACGACUCUAGACUUUACAUUAAUUUGGAGCAUCCACAAGCUGAUGAAUUUAAAGCUAGUUUUGGAGCAACUGUGUUAUCCAACAUACCUGCCCCUUCUCAAUCAUUAAUUGCUGAUUCAUCCAUUCAAUCUGCUAACAAUUUCUGGACUAGCUUGGGUGAGGUCAAGAGUAUUCGUGCAAUCUCUGAAGCCGGAAAGGAUUGUUUUGCAACCACUAUUGGGACUACCACAGGUUUUAAUGUCUCCAAGUUUGGAUGGUAUUUUGAAUCAACUGGAAAUGCGGAUCCUGAACCCGUUACCAAAUUCAAAUUUGAAGUUGAUGUAGAGUAUGAUGGACAUAAGGGAAUCUUUGUUUUUUGGGAUAAGGAUUAUUCCUUAUACUAA